CGCAGGGGCGCGCGCUUCUCCCCUCCCCUGCCUCCCCCGCCCCCCUCACGCGCCCUCACGCGCCGGGCCGGAGCCGAAGCCAAGGUGGCGGCUCCUGAGGGGAGGCGGCCGGGACGACGACGACGACGACGACGACAUGAUGGCAGCCGCUCGGAUCCUCCGAGGAGCCGCCUCCAGCCUCCUCUGUCGGAGCAGACAGCGCAGGGACGCCGCCGCCGCCGCCGCCUUCGCAGGGGUGUGUUCUAGGACAAUGGCCUCCAAAACUCCAGUUGGAUUCAUUGGGCUGGGCAACAUGGGAAAUCCAAUGGCAAAAAAUCUCGUGAAACAUGGAUAUCCUGUCAUUGCUUAUGAUGUGUUUCCAGAAGCAUGCAAAGAAUUCCAAGAUGUGGGUGAACAGGUAAUGGCUUCACCAGCAGAUGUAGCAGAGAGAGCAGACAGAAUUAUUACAAUGCUGCCCUCCAGCCUCAAUGCAAUAGAAGCUUAUACAGGACCAACUGGAAUUCUGAAGAAAGUGAAGAAAGGUUCAUUGUUAAUAGAUUCCAGUACUAUCGAUCCUGCAGUUUCAAAGGAACUAGCUAAGGAAGCUGAAAAAAUGGGAGCCGUUUUCAUGGAUGCUCCUGUUUCCGGUGGUGUGGGAGCUGCUCGGGCCGGAAACCUUACGUUCAUGGUUGGAGGAGCAGAGCAAGAAUUCGCUGCUGCCAAAGAAUUGUUGGGAUGCAUGGGAUCUAAUGUGGUGUUCUGUGGUGCCGUUGGAACUGGCCAGGCUGCAAAGAUCUGCAAUAACAUGCUGUUAGCUAUUGGAAUGAUUGGAACUGCCGAAGCCAUGAAUCUUGGAAUAAGGUUAGGGCUCGACCCAAAGCUGUUGGCCAAAAUCCUAAAUAUGAGCUCAGGUCGUUGUUGGUCAAGCGACACUUACAAUCCUGUCCCGGGGGUGAUGGAAGGUGUACCCUCUGGUAAUAAUUACCAGGGCGGCUUUGGAUCUACGCUUAUGGCUAAGGAUCUAGGAUUGGCGCAGGACUCAGCAACCAACACUAAGAGCCCAGUCCCUUUGGGAUCUCUGGCACAUCAGAUCUACAGAUUGAUGUGUGCUAAGGGCUAUUCCCAGAAAGACUUCUCCUCUGUGUUCCAGUUUCUACGUGAAGAGGAGAGCUUGUGAGCUGGCUUUUUGGCAGCAGUCACCGCUGGAAACCAAACACCAUUUUGGAGAGUCCUUGCAGUAUACUGCACCAGAAAAUGGGUUUAAUGAAAGGUCACGGGUCCUUAUCUCUCACAGACCGGUCUGCUUUUGAUUGUCUAGGUCACAAUGAACUCCAGGAUUUUCAUCCUUUUUUUUUUUUUUCAAAGCAGUUUGUUUCUCUUAGUUUAUUUUGGCUAAUACAUGUUAUAUGAAAUACCUUUCACUUUGAAGGACCACCGCCAAAGUCUCACCAAACCACAGCCUAAAUUAACCCCCCUUUUUUCUUUAUUAGGAAUUAAAUAUUCCCUUGAUUAAUACUCUUACUAUCUGAGAGCAUAAUCUUUGAAUGUUUAAGGUGGCAUCGUCACUCCAUGUUGCAGAUCAACCAGCUAUCAAUUAUUUUAACCGGGGAGAGUGUGUCUUAAGAUGAGUAAGGGUCGAUUAAGUUACCGUGAAGAAGCAAAAUAAGCAUCUUCCUCCCCUGCCCGCCGAUUAGGUUUUUGACUUGCUAACAAGUGGUGGGUUUUUUCCAUGUUAUUAAGAUUCUGAUUGAUGUUCAAGAGGUUAAGUCAAGUAAAUGAGAAGCCGUGGCUACAUGUUUUACAGUUUGGGCCUCUAUUCUGCAAACUCAUUUUUGUAUUUUUCUUCUAUUCCCAUAUUUUUGGACUUUAGAAGAAUAAUUCAGGACCUGCUACAGAGCCAACAGUGUAUAUUUGCUUUAGGUUAUUAUUCUCUAAUCCUAAAUCAAAAUAAAUACGCCGUAUUUUGACUUCAAAUAAAUUUCAGUGCUGGUUAUACCUGCCGUGAAACUGUUUUUGUCUUUCUUAAAAUAUUCCUAAGCUCAGACUGAGCUGAUGGUCAAAAACCAGGUGAGCCAAGUGUAUUGGAGGCAGUGACGUGAAGUGGGAUGCGUAGAUCAGGGUGAUGCUAAUAUGAUGUCACGAUAGGUCACCUCAACUCCUCACCUGGCAACUGAUUGAACCCAGUAGUGUCCGUGAGCGGUGCAGGGAUUUUAAAAGCUGAGGUUCGAGGGGACCCUUUGAGCCAAGCUACUGUGGCUUCAGAGCAGACUUAUCCAUUCCCGAUGGGUAUUCCGGAAAUUGGGGCACCCCUGGACUACGUCAGACAGUGAAAUUGGUUGAGCGCUUACUGUGUGCAGAGCACCGUACUAAGCAGUGGGAGAAUACAGUAUAGCAGUAAACAUAUAUUCCCUGCCCACAGUGAAAGGACAAAGGGGACUCUGAGUGACUUUAGUAAAGACAUUUUUUGAAGGUACACUAACUUUUACAGGCCACCCAGGUCUACCAGCUCAUGGACUGACAAGGCCGUGAAAUAGAAUUUUAUUGAAUUGAAAGUGUUAAAUUAGCCUCCCAAGGAGGAGAUAUCUGACUUCUGACACCAUCUCAACAUGGUAUAUUUAGUAAGGGACCCAAGUUCACCUAUGAUGCAGGGAAGCGUACUAGCAAAAAUCCUACCUUUGGAGGAACCCAUACUUUUAUACCCUGUAUCCAUCAUCGUGCGUACGUGCACCGUCAAUUUUUCCAAUACCUUCUGGUGUUAUAUCUAGACAGAUGAUUAUUAUAGGAAGAAAAUGUUCUAAUUCUUCCUCCGUAGACUAUCUAAAAUAUGUAGUUGAAAACCUGUGUUUUGGCAGAACCGAGAAUACUGUAAUACACCACUUGGAGAUAUUACAAUUCCAGCCACUCUUAGCACAUUGUUCUGAAUGUUUACACGCAUAUUACUUUUUAGCAUAAUUCCACUUCCCUGAAAACUAAUAUUUUAGAUAUCCUAAAUGUUCCACGUAUUUGCCAAUUGGUACCAUUAAAUAAAUUUCUUUAAAAUGUU